AUGGCAUCCUCUACUCAAUUUAAGCGUCUUGUCCGGUUCGUGCCACGAUCCAACUCAUCGAAGGUCUUGAUCGGACAGCCGACAGACGACAACAUCGAUGUUGGACUAGCUCUGCGUAAGGGCCAGGAGGUUUCGGUGGACGUCUUCUCCGGCUCCUCUGUGCUCUCUCCGGGCAAGCAGACAGGAAGCAGUGCCAUCAUCGACCGAGUAUUGUCACCAUUAGCAGUGUCCGAGGUCGGGACGAUCCGAUGCAUUGGCUUAAACUAUAAGCAACAUGCUGCUGAGGUCAACUUGGCACUUCCCACAGUGCCUACAGUCUUCAUGAAACCCGAUACUUCACUGGGAGAUCCGUGGCCUGCUCCGACAAUACUUCCUAAGAUAACCCAGGAAGACGACUGCGGAGACUACGAAUCUGAACUUGCUGUGGUGAUAGGAAAGACCGCUAAGAACGUGUCUGAAGAAGAUGCCUUGGACUACGUCUUAGGCUACACGGCAGCCAAUGAUGUAUCAAGUCGGACGAGCCAAUUUGCCCAGAGCCAGUGGAGCUAUUCAAAGGGCUUUGAUGGGGCUUGCCCAAUUGGGCCUACUCUUGUUUCGCCGAGUUUAAUACCCGACGCGUCGAAGCUGCACAUGAGGGGUCUCAAGAAUGGCGAAGUCCUACAAGAUUGCGGACUUGACGAUGUAAUAUUCUCUCUACCGAAACUCAUCAGCUUCCUCUCGCAAGGCACGACAUUGCGUCCCGGGACGUUGAUCAUUACUGGGACUCCAGCCGGUGUGGGCAUUGUCCGAAACCCCAAAGUCACGAUCAAGGAAGGCGAUGAAUUUGCGGUGGAGAUCCUGCCACACAUCGGCACUUUAAUCAACGUCUUCGAGAACGAAAAGUGA